ACGUAUGGGCUGAAAAGGUGGGCGAAUUGCCAGUCAUCUCCCGGUGCAUUUGUUUCGUUGUGUAUUCGUGUUUUUCGCGAUAUCGGUGUCGGGACUCUAGGGCUUUGUGUCGGGUGCCUAGGUGCUCGGCGGAGAGCUGGAGAGGACAAUCAGCGCCACUUGUGGAGAUACCACCGACUGUUCAAGAGAACUGAAAGGGCUUACCACAGAUAUUCACAUUUGAAGCAUGCCUAGCUUUACAGUGAAAGUGAAAUGGGGCAAGAUGUUCAAGGAUGUGGAGCUGAACACAGAUGAAGAGCCAAUGCUGUUCCGUGCACAGCUGUUUGCACUGACUGGGGUACAGCCUGAUCGGCAGAAGAUCAUGCUGAAGGGCAUGACACUGAAAACAGAGUCCUGGGACAAUGUCAAACUGAAAGAUGGCACCACGCUGCUGAUGAUGGGCAGCAAGGAGGAGGACAUUGCCCAGGUGCCGGCAGAGCGCACCAAGUUCGUGGAGGACAUGACGGAGAGUGAGCUGGCCACGGCGCUCGAGAUGCCGGCCGGCCUCACCAACCUCGGCAACACCUGCUACAUGAACGCCACCGUCCAGUGCCUGAAGACCGUGCCCGAGCUGACCGACGGGCUGCGCCAGUUCAAGAGCGGAUACGGCACGGAGGGCGGGUACGGCCAGGCGGUGACGGCUGCGCUCCGCGACCUCUACGCCAGCAUGGAGAACGUGGCUUCGGUGCCGCCCAUCAUCAUGCUGAACGUGCUGCACACGGCGUUCCCACGCUUCGCCGAGCGGGGCGAGCAAGGCGGCUUCGUGCAACAGGACGCCAACGAGUGCUGGACGCAGCUGUUGAUUAUGCUCCAGCAAAGUUGGCUGCCAAGCAGGAAGACGGCCGACGGUCAGGUGGUAGCCUCCAAGUACACCUCACUCAUCGACCAGUACUUUGUGGGCGAGUUCAGCUCGGAGCUGAAGUGUGUCGAGUCGGAGGACGAGCCGCUCACGACGUCCACUGAGACGUUCCUCCAGCUCAGCUGCUUCAUCUCGCAGGACGUCAAGUAUCUGCAUACGGGCCUCAAGCUGCGGUUACAGGAGCAGCUGACCAAGCGGUCAGCCACGCUGGACCGCGACGCUGCGUACACCAAGACGAACCGCAUCAGCCGGCUGCCGGCCUAUCUCGCCGUCCAGCUCGUCCGCUUCUUCUACAAGGAGAAGGAAGGCGUCAAUGCCAAGGUUCUGAAGGACGUCAAGUUCCCAAUGAUGCUGGACACGUACGACCUGUGCUCUGAGGAUCUGCAGAAGAGGCUGGUGCCCAUGCGGACCAAGUUCAAGGCGUGGGAGGACGUCAAGGCUGAGACGGCCAGAGCGCCGACGAAGGGUGGCCAGGUCCAGCCCACCAAGGAGGACGUCAGCUACCUGCCCUUCAGCUUCGAGGAUGACCCGGGCUCCAACAACAGCGGCUACUACGAGCUGCAGGCGGUGCUGACGCACCAGGGCCGCAGCAGCAGCUCGGGCCACUACGUCGGCUGGGCGCGGCUGGCCAGCGGCUGGGUCAAGUUCGACGACGACAACGUCACGGCCGUCACCGAGGAGGACAUCCUGAAGCUGUCGGGCGGCGGCGACUGGCACUGCGCCUACGUGCUGCUGUACGGGCCGCGCCGGCUGCCCGAAGCAGCGCUGGCGCCGCCGGCCGCCGAGGCGGCGGGCGAGCCGGCUGCCGCGCCCGCCGAAGGAAUGCAGCACUAGCGUCGCCUGGCGGCGCGACGGUGGCGCCCUCCAGCGGGGCGACCGUGAUACGGAGGGCGGCCGGUCCCCGUUCCCAGUCAUCUAUCAAUACAUGGUUCAUAUUUAAGGCGAACGUGUGC